AGUGAUUAGACUAUUCCCGGGGUUUAAGAAUGCAUGCUUUUUAUUUGAGUGUUUUUUUCUUCGGAAGUAAUGCGAAGAAUUAUUUUUGUUUUUUUUGCAAGAUUUGAGCUUUAGUUUUAAUCUGCCAUUAAUGUACAUGUGAAGCUCCAGAAGACCCAAAACUUGAGGUGGAGUUCUUAUGAAGAAGUAGGUUGCUACAAAGAUCAGAGAUCCGCCAUGGAAGGCCAACUGGGAAAGCUUGUUCUGAAAGAUCUUCUUCUUGUUGUUGUUCUUGCUUUUGCCUCUUUUCUUUCAGUGGUUUUAGGUGCCACGGACCCAAGCGACUUGGCUAUUCUGAACCAGUUCCGAAAAGGGUUGGAGAAUCCGGAGCUUCUCAAAUGGCCGGAAAACGAAGACCCAUGUGGGACUCCAAAAUGGCCCCAUGUUUUCUGCGAAGGUAACAGGGUAACCCAGAUUCAAGUUCAGGAAUUGGGCCUCGAAGGUCCUCUUCCCCAGAACUUGAACCAGCUCGCUAUGCUAGAAAACAUUGGUUUUCAGAGGAACAAGUUUUCUGGGCCGGUUCCGUCCUUUUCCGGGCUGAAGAACCUCCAGUGGCUGUUCUUGGAUUACAACAACUUUGAUUCGAUUCCGGGAGAUUUCUUUGAUGGGCUUGAUUCUUUGAUGGUUUUAGCAUUGGAUGGGAACAACUUGAAUGGCACUUCUGGGUGGAUGUUCCCACCCCAGCUGGCAAAUUCUGCUCAGUUGGUCAAUCUCACUUGUUCGAGCUGCAAUUUAGUUGGUCCCUUGCCUGAAUUUCUUGGGAAAAUGUCGUCUUUACAAGUGUUGACACUUUCCGGGAAUACCUUGUCCGGUGAAAUCCCGGCAAGUUUUAAAGACCUGACUUUGAGCAAGCUUUGGCUGAAUAAUCAAAAUGGUGGAGGAAUGACUGGUCCAAUUGAUGCCGUUACAGCGAUUGAAUCUCUCAGUGUUUUGUGGCUCCAUGGGAAUAAAUUCAAUGGCAAAAUCCCAGAAAGCAUUGGUAAUUUAACUUCUUUGAAAGAUCUCAAUCUCAAUGGUAAUCAGCUAGUAGGCUUAGUUCCCAAUGGUUUGGCCAAUUUGGAGUUGGAUAAAUUAGAUUUAAGCAACAACCAUCUGAUGGGUCCAAUUCCAAAGUUCAAAGCAGCUAAUUAUUCCUAUGGUUCAAAUGCAUUUUGUCAAACAGAAGAAGGGCCUCCUUGUAAUCCGGAAGUUAUGGCUUUGAUAGAGCUUCUCGAUGGGUUGAAUUAUCCAUUGAAGCUAGUUUCUGGUUGGUCUGGUAAUGACCCUUGCCAGGAUUGGUUUGGAGUUACUUGUGAUCGUGGUAAGGUCUCUGUUAUUAAUUUGCCUAAGUUAAAUCUGAAUGGUACAUUGAGUCCUUCCUUAUCAAAAUUAGAGUCUCUUAAACAAGUUAGGCUAGAGAAUAACAAUUUGAGAGGUUCAGUCCCUGCGGAAUGGACGAAUUUGAAAUCUUUGACAUUGUUGGAUCUAAGUGGCAAUAAUCUUUCCCCUCCUUUGCCAACUUUCAGUAGCUCUGUGAAAAUUGUCAUUGAUAAGAACCCCCUGAUAAAUGGUGAUCCAUCUAAGACAGUUCCAUCACCAGAAAGUAGCCCAACUGCGCCUGCGGCUGGGGCUGGGGCUGGGGCUGCGUCUGGGGGAUCGACAUCUUCGCCCAAAUCCAGUAAUACUCCGUCCUCACCUUCCUCAUCUUCCGCAUCAUCCGGCUCAAGAAAUACUAAUGCAACUUCGGAGCCACCAAAAAGUUCCAAGAGGUCCAGCUUAGUUCCUAUUGUUGCUCCUAUUGCCAGUGUUGCGGUGGCUGCCAUUUUGCUAUUAAUCCCAUUAUCUAUCUACUAUUGUAAGAAGAGAAAAUAUGCUUUGCCUCCAAGUUCACUUGUUGUUCACCCAAGAGAUUCAUCUGAUCCAGAGAAUAUGCUUAAGAUUGCUGUUGCAAGUAAUACAAAUGGGAGCGCUUCUACAGCAACAGCAAGUGAUUCGGCAAGCAGAAACAGCAGUGGAAUGGGUGAGUCUCAUGUCAUAGAAGCGGGAAAUCUGGUCAUAUCAGUUCAAGUUCUUCGAAAUGUGACUAAGAAUUUUGCCCCGGAGAAUGAGCUUGGCCGCGGAGGCUUUGGAGUGGUUUAUAAGGGAGAAUUGGAUGAUGGGACAAAAAUAGCUGUGAAGAGAAUGGAAUCUGGGGUGAUUGGCUCCAAAGCCGUGGAUGAAUUCCAGGCCGAGAUUGCAGUUCUUUCGAAAGUCAGGCACCGUCAUUUAGUAUCCCUCUUGGGUUAUUCCGUAGAAGGCUAUGAGAGACUUCUUGUUUAUGAGUAUAUGCCACAAGGGGCUCUCAGCAAGCAUCUUUUCCAUUGGAAAAGUGCCAACCUUGAGCCUCUUUCUUGGAAGAGAAGGCUAAAUAUUGCCUUGGAUGUUGCUAGGGGAAUGGAGUAUCUACAUGAUCUGGCUCGCCAGAGCUUCAUACACAGAGAUCUCAAAUCAUCUAACAUUUUACUUGGCGAUGAGUUUAGAGCAAAAGUCUCAGAUUUUGGAUUGGUGAAACUGGCUCCUGAUGGUGAAAAAAAAUCCGUGGUGACCAGACUUGCUGGGACUUUCGGUUACUUAGCGCCAGAAUAUGCUGUGACCGGAAAGAUCACAACCAAAGCAGAUGUCUUUAGCUUCGGUGUUGUCCUAAUGGAGCUAUUAACUGGAAUGAUGGCUCUUGAUGAAGAUAGGCCAGAAGAGAAACAGUACUUGGCUGCAUGGUUCUGGCACAUAAAAUCAAACAAGGAUGAACUAAUGGAGGCCAUCGACCCUGCACUUGAAAUAAAUGAAGAGACGUUUGAGAGCAUUGACAUUAUUGCUGAAUUAGCUGGGCAUUGCACUGCAAGAGAACCAAACCAAAGGCCGGAUAUGGGGCACGCUGUAAGUGUACUAUCCCCACUCGUCGAAAAAUGGAAACCACUGGAUGAUGACACCGAGGAAUAUUCCGGUAUCGAUUACAGCCUGCCCCUUAACCAGAUGGUGAAGGGUUGGCAAGAAGCAGAGGGAAAAGACUUCAGUUAUAUUGAUUUGGAGGACAGCAAGGGUAGCAUACCAGCCAGGCCAACUGGGUUUGCAGAUUCUUUUACUUCUGCUGAUGGUAGAUAAAAGAGAAACUCCAUUGGCCUAUUUUUUUUCUCUUUUUUUUUUCCUGCUUCUUUCUUUUUCAUUUUUUACUUCUUCCCCACAUUGUUGCUGUUUUGUUAGGUGUAGAUAUCAUGUGGUGUUCAUUCUGUCUGAGAAUUUAAGAUGUCGAUAAGUUGUAGUAUUUGUUGUUACUUUUGCAUUUUAGUGGGGAAAAUGAGAGCUUGUGAGAUCUCAGAAACCUUCAAGUUUCAUGCCAAAUGGUUAUGUAGAUACAGAUCAUGAAGAAUUGAAAAAGACUGGUUAUUGAUUA